GUGUGUGAGCGUGGGGGGUAACAGACAGUGCAGCCUGUGUCACACAGACUCCCGCACAUUCAGAUCUCCUGCUAUUUUUGUGCUGGGGCUGCAGGUUGCCUGUUGCCUAUUUUUGGCAGUGGCUCCAGGGCCGGGGGUUUGUUUACACUGAGUGUGAGCGGCAGCCAAGCAGUGCGACUCUCCUGGGCCCCUGGGACUCCCCUCCUCUCACACAAUGAACCCUGUGGGUGCAGAAUGUUAUUUUGGGGCUGUUAUAUCCGGCUGCUCCAGCCUUCACCCCCAGCACAGUGACAGCGGAGAAGACUCAUUGGAAACCCUACUCACCCGCCUGCCCCUCACCCCCUCCCUUUCCCCCCGCAAACGGACCACCAGUCAGAGCAAGACGGAGCCCCCCCUGCUGCGCACCAGCAAGAGAACCAUCUAUACAGCCGGGCGCCCGCCCUGGUACAACGAGUCCGGGACACCGUUUAAAGAGGCCUUUGUUAUAGGUCUUUGCGGUGGGAGCGCCUCGGGCAAAACUACGGUGGCCAAUAAGAUCAUUGAAGCUCUGGAUGUUCCCUGGGUUGUUCUUCUGUCUAUGGAUUGUUUCUAUAAGAUACUCAGUAAGGAGGAGCAAGAUCUCGCUGCCAGGAACGAGUACAACUUCGACCACCCUGACGCGUUUGACUUCGAUCUGCUGGUGAACGUGGUGCGCAAACUCAAGAAGGGGAAGAGCGUGAAAGUCCCGGUGUACGAUUUCACCACGCACAGUCGCAGGAAGGAGUGGAAAACCAUCUAUGGAGCCAAUGUGGUGAUAUUUGAAGGGAUCUUGGCCUUUGCCAACAAGGAGCUACUGAAGCUCCUUGACAUGAAGGUGUUUGUGGAUACGGACUCUGACAUCAGACUGGUGCGGCGGCUGAAGCGUGACAUCACGGAGCGCGGCCGUGACAUCGUCGGAGUCAUCAAGCAGUACAACAAGUUUGUGAAGCCGGCGUUUGAGCAGUACAUCGAGCCCACCGUGCAGCUGGCAGACAUUGUGGUACCCAGAGGUGGCGAAAACUUUGUGGCAUUGGAUUUAAUUGUGCAACACGUGCAUAGCCAGCUGGAAAAGCGGAUGCAGCGCUGGGACAUGGCGGCGUUGGCUUCUGCCCACCAGGGACAGCCCCUUCCUGACACCCUCAGUGUCCUGCUAAGUACCCCUCAGGUACGGGGGAUGCACACCAUUAUCCGGAACAAGGACACCAAUCGGGACGAAUUUAUCUUCUAUUCCAAGCGCCUGAUGCGGCUCCUGAUUGAACACGCCCUGUCCUUCCUGCCCCUGAGUCCCGUCACUGUGGAGACUCCCCAGGGCAGUUUGUACCAAGGAAAGAGAUUCCACCGACAGCGGCUGACCGGUGUGUCUAUUCUCCGGGCCGGGGAGACCAUGGAGCAGGCACUGAUGGCCGUGUGUAAGGAUAUCCGCCUGGGCAAGAUCCUCAUACAGACCAAUCACAACACAGGAGAGCCGGAGUUGCAUUACUUGCGGUUGCCCAAGGAGAUCAGCGAGGAUUAUGUGAUCCUGAUGGACAGCACGGUAUCCACUGGUGCGGCGGCCAUGAUGGCAAUAAGGGUUCUACUGGACCACGAUGUUCAGGAGGAUAAGAUUUUCCUGCUGUCGCUGCUGAUGGCGGAGAUGGGGGUGCAUUCGGUGGCCUACGCCUUCCCCCGCGUCCGGAUCAUCACCACAGCGGUAGAUAAGCGGGUCAACCAGGAGUUUCAUAUUAUCCCUGGUAUUGGUAACUUUGGGGACAGGUUCUUUGGCACAGAUGCCCCCUCUGACUGGCACGAAAGUGACGACUUCAGCAUGGAUUACUGAGUGCCGCCCCCCAGUUGCACAUUAACUCUUUCCUGUAUUUAUUGCCCAGUUGAGUUGAUGCUCGGGUUCCUGUAUGAGCGCCAGUUUCCUUUAACCCAUUCCCUGCCUGCGGUGUGAGCGCACCAUUCCGCGAUUGGAUUGGUUACUGCCCCCGUGCGUCUCGGAUCCCAGGCAGCUUUUGUUGGUGGAAAUAAAGUCCUUUUAGUUAGUGAGAGAGA